AUGUCUAUGGCUCUUCCCCUCUCAUUCACACCACUCAAAGAUCUGAAACCUUAUAAAAACUCUCAUGGCGUAUCCAAGUCAAAAUUCUUCAUAGUUGGAGAAUGUUUUCAGCUAACUCUGGGUGACAAAAUGGGAGCUUCUAUUAGAAAGGAUCAUAUGAAAAAGUUUGAAAACAGUUUGCGUGAGAACGAUUGGAAGAUAAUCACCAGCUUUGGCUUGCAUCCUUGCACUGGGAUGUUCCGACCUUCUCAUUUGAAGUACAAGAUUACCACACGUUACGGUACCACAAUUAAUCAGUCUGAAAAGGCUUCUGAUGAUCACUAUUUAUCAUUCACUAAGUUUGAUGAUAUCCUUGCUGGAACCCUUGACAAAAACAUUUUAUUUGACACACGUUACAUUGAAAAUGCUUUUGAGUCUUCCAUUCUGAUGAUCAAUCCACAAAUACAAGAGAUACUUCCAAAUGAUGGCUUGGCUUUGACAAUCAACUCUUCUGGUGAUAAAGGGAUUUAUAUCCCCAAAAAUGAUAAUGAAGGCAUUGACUACCCUAGGGUUACAAUCUCUGAGAUGCUUGCUUACUCUCAGGCAGGAAAUUGUAGACUGAUUUGUACAAUCUCCGGAAUUGAUACCGAUAUGGGAUGGUAUUAUUUUUGCUGUCGCCCAUGUAACAAAAAGGUGUUUAAGGAUGAUGCUGUUAAAAUCGAAGAUGUGAAGAAGCAAAUUAAACCAAGUUGGGCUAAAAAUAUCCUUGGAGGUGCUCCUGCUUCUGAAUUUCUUAAUGGAUCCUUUGGUGAGAUUGAGGAUCCAAAUUCAAUUCCUGAUCAAAUUAAAGCAUUGGUUGGGAAAACUUUCCAGUUUCUAAUAACCGUUGGAAACGAAAAUGUUUAUGGAGGGUAUGAGUUCUACAAGGUGUCUAAUGUUUGGUCAGGCGAAAAAUUCAUUGAAAUUGCUAAUGAAGAAUCAGAAAGUUAUUUAGAGCAUAACAGCAUAUUGUCUUCUGAUCAGGCUUCCCUUAUGAUUACCAAUGGUACAGAACCUUAUGAAACAGAUUUGAGUUCCACUUCUACACCUUCAUCAAAGCGGAAGUCGGACAGCAGUGGUAAUGGAAGUGAUCGUUCAAGUUCCACCAAGAAACUGUGCUCCAAGAUUGAUACUAUUCAUGUUGAUGGAGAAGAAGUUGUGAGGAAAGAUUUGAAUGAAGAGAUUACAAGACAAGAAGAAGAUCAAGUCAAUUAG